CAUGGGGGCCGGUCCCAGCGCGCCACCUGCCGGCGGAGGGAGUCCUUUGGCGCUCGGGGCCUCACGCGGAGUACACGCUGCGCGGGCCAACAUGGCGGACGCGGAAGUGCUGAUUUUGCCAAAGAAGCACAAGAAGAAAAAGGAGCGCAAGUCGCUGGCCGAGGAAGACGUGGCGGAAAUACAACAUGCUGAAGAAUUUCUCAUCAAGCCUGAAUCCAGAGUGACUCAGUUGGACACAUCUCAGUGGCCCCUUUUGCUAAAGAAUUUUGAUAGACUUAAUGUCAGGACAGCACACUAUACACCUCUUCCUUGUGGUUCGAAUCCUCUGAAGCGGGAGAUCGGAGACUAUGUCAGGACAGGUUUCAUUAACCUGGACAAGCCCUCCAACCCCUCUUCCCAUGAAGUCGUAGCCUGGAUUCGCCGCAUCUUGCGAGUGGAGAAGACUGGACACAGUGGGACUCUGGAUCCCAAAGUGACCGGCUGUUUGAUCGUGUGCAUAGAGCGGGCCACCCGCUUGGUGAAGUCCCAGCAAAGUGCAGGCAAAGAGUAUGUGGGGAUUGUCCGGCUGCACAAUGCUAUUGAAGGGGGGACUCAGCUUUCUAGGGCCCUGGAAACUCUGACGGGUGCCUUAUUCCAACGCCCUCCGCUGAUUGCUGCCGUGAAGAGGCAGCUACGAGUGCGGACCAUCUACGAGAGCAAAAUGGUCGAGUACGAUCCUGAGAGGAGAUUAGGAAUCUUCUGGGUGAGCUGCGAGGCAGGCACCUACAUCCGGACACUGUGUGUGCACCUCGGCUUGCUGCUGGGCGUUGGUGGUCAGAUGCAGGAGCUGCGCAGGGUUCGUUCCGGAGUCAUGAGUGAGAAGGACCACAUGGUGACCAUGCACGACGUGCUCGAUGCCCAGUGGCUCUAUGACAACCACAAGGACGAGAGUUACCUGCGGCGGGUCAUCUUCCCUCUGGAGAAGCUGUUGACGUCGCACAAGCGGCUGGUUAUGAAGGACAGUGCGGUGAAUGCCAUCUGCUAUGGGGCCAAGAUCAUGCUUCCGGGUGUCCUCCGCUAUGAGGAUGGCAUUGAAGUCAACCAGGAGAUCGUGGUCAUCACCACCAAAGGAGAAGCGGUCUGCAUGGCUGUUGCCUUAAUGACCACAGCGGUCAUCUCCACAUGCGACCACGGCAUUGUGGCCAAGAUCAAGCGAGUGAUCAUGGAAAGAGACACUUACCCCCGGAAGUGGGGUUUAGGCCCCAAGGCAAGUCAGAAGAAGAUGAUGAUCCAGCAGGGCCUUCUGGACAAGCACGGCAAACCCACAGACAGCACGCCCGCCGCCUGGACGCAUGAGUACGUGGACUACAGCACCUCUGUGAAGAAAGAGCAGACAGCUGGAGCAGCCCAGGCCCCGCAGGGGGCCACUGAGGAGGUGAAGUCUGCCAAGCGGAAGCGAGACAGUGACAGUGACGAUGCCUCCUCGCCGGUGCCCACGCCACUGGUCAAGAAAGAGAAGAAGAAGAAAGACAGGAAGGCCAAGGUGGCUCCAGAGAGUGCUGACGAGCAUGCAGACGUGGACAGUGAUAGCUUGAAGAAGAAGAAGAAGAAAAAGAAGAAGAUCAAAGUGGAGGUGGUAUCCGAGUAGUGGGAGCACGCGCGGGUGUGUCCGGCCGGCCGGGAGGAACAUUCAAGCCUUACUGAGCAGGGGCCGGCUAGGCGGACUACUGCUUGGCCACACGCCCAGUAGCUUUUCCCCCUUGUCCUGUUCUAAGGAUCUGGGUGAACGGGCCUGACUGGACAGGUGACAGAAGUGCCCUCUGUCUCAGCUCCACCCAGCAGCUGCCCCCUGGUGGCCUGUGAGGGCAUAGCAACCCUCUUAAGGUGCGCCACCCCCACCCCCGCUAUGAAUAGUUAAGCUGAAGGCCGGGUUUUCUAGUAGAUGAAAGGGUGUAGAGCCUCCAGUGGUGGAAGAAUGAAUUGCAAUCACUGGCUGGAUGGUUUGUGCAGUCUGACACAUGUCAAGCCACCUGCCACCCGGAUUUUCUCUCUGGACUGGGCCUAGCAGUCUGGUGUGUGUCCUCAACAGUGGUGGACCCAUGUCAGUCUGGCCACCUGUGUUAGGGACAGAGGCCAGAGAACCCCCAUGCUUAUCCACCUUUUACAAUUUCUAUCAUUAGCUUUCAAAAGGAAGAAGUUACUUGUCCCUGGGAGAAGAAUGUAAAUUUUUUUUACUAAUUAAAUUUUACUUAAGUUUUUUUUUUUUUUUUUUCC